UUCUAUGGGCCUUUGAUAUAAAGCCCAACCCAUGUCAAAACAGUUGAAAAUAAAAUACCUAGAUACAGAAUAAACCCUAAAAACUGGUGGUUCCUCUCUCUCUCUCUCAUCCGGCAGGUUGGUUCAUCGGAGAUCGUCAGCCAUGGUUAAUGUUCCAAAAACUAAGAAGACUUACUGCAAGAACAAGGAAUGCAGAAAGCACACAUUGCACAAGGUGACACAGUACAAGAAGGGUAAAGAUAGUUUGGCUGCACAAGGGAAACGUCGUUAUGACAGGAAACAGUCAGGAUAUGGUGGUCAAACCAAGCCCGUCUUUCACAAGAAGGCUAAAACCACCAAGAAGAUUGUGCUAAGGUUGCAAUGCCAAGGUUGCAAGCAUGUGUCCCAGCAUCCAAUUAAGAGGUGCAAACAUUUUGAAAUUGGUGGAGACAAGAAGGGCAAAGGAACAUCACUUUUUUAAGCAAUAUUCAUGUGUUAUUUUAGUAUGUUUAGACCUAUAUAUGUUUCAAGUUUUUAUGCAGGUUUAAUGUUGCAAACUUUAAAAUUUGUGUUUAAGGUUUUAUUUUUGUUUA